AUGGACGCAAUGACCUCCAACCCAGCAACUGCUGACUCAACCAUUCCUUCUGUUGUCAAUGAUAAGCCUUUUGCUUCACUCGAACAACAAGCUCCUCUCGUAAAUGAAGAGUCUUCCUCUAUCCUUAAGCGAAAGAGAGAAGAAGCAGAGGCACCUUCAUGCUCAGAGGAGACGCUUGGUGAAGCCAAUACAUCUAUGGAUGUUUCCAACCAAGACUCCAAUACUGCUGAGGAAGAAAGUACAACGGUUGUUGAGUUUGAAUCUCAAACCAAGAAAACCAAACUCGAGGAGUCAAAUCAAUCUUCUUCCGAAUGUAAUACUGAAGAGAUGAAGGAGGUAGCUACAGGAGAGGAAUUGGUCUCUGAGAAUUCAUCAACAGAUCCUCAAUCUUCUUCGAAUGAAGUAUCAGAGCACAAUGUUGAGAAUUCUAUCAUGAUGGAUGGAGACACUUCAUUGAAGAACGUGGACUCUGAGGUAGUCGCUGAGGAAGCAGCAGUAGUAGUAGAAGAAGAAUUGUCUGAGCUCACUCUCUUGUAUGAUGAUAAGGAUCGUGCUCUGAACUUUUAUCAGGCAGUCUUUGGUGUCGAGGUGAUUUGUCAGCAUGAAGAAUGUACCUCUGUACCACAAGUCGAAGGAGCAACAACCAAUCAUGAUUCUUCUUUGGUAUCCCGUAAGGAAGAAGAAAACAAGAAGGAACGAGUCGUCGAUGAUCAUAAUUCCUUCUUGGAGCCUGAUUUCAAAUUGAAGGGUUACAAAUUGAGAGGAACAUUGAGUCCAAAGAAGAAGCAAGCCAAUGCUCGUUCUGUGGUUGAAGAUGCACCCUCAAACAAUGAAUUGCCCACAAGUAAGAUCUAUGUUCCUGCCGAUCAAUUGCAAAGUACUCUUGAGAAAAUUAAGGAAUUUUCAGGUGCCGUCUUGUUGAGUACAGAGGAGAAUUCUCAGGAAUUUCCAGCUGUGAUUUGUCCAGAAGGAAACAAAUUGGUCCUCGUUCCAAGUAGUGUCUAG